ACACGUAUUUUACGUUCCUUAAUCACCAGCUGAAUUUUUUUCAGUUUAGAUUCACUGCCACACAACGUACGGAAGAGAGCGCGAGACAUUUUGCCGUUGGCUUAUUCGGCUGGCACAACAGCAAGAAUGUUUGGUAUCCCUUACCAGUCUACCGAGAUCGAGUGAUAAGAUUCUACAAGGUUUGCCCUCGCUGGCGCCAGGAAGUUAAAAAGAAUUCAGAUGCACAGUUAGAAAAGACGAAAUUUCUAGACAGCAAGAUUGUUAAAAAUAUGAUAGAUAAAAUUAAAAAGCGCAUUGGGCUCAAUAUCGAUUAUGAAAUUGCACAUUUAAUGUACAUAACGUGUGCUUUUGAAACUGCUUUAAAUCAGAGUGCAGUGUCUCCUUGGUGUAAAAUAUUUUCAUUAAAUGAUUUCAAG